AUGAUGCUUGAAUUUCUUAAAACAGACGAUUCUGCGGUCUUUGCAACAGACCCUGAUAUGUUCGAGGAAGCCACUACUUCAAAGUCUAGAAAAUCUAGAUUUCGUUCAUUUACAUCAAGGCGAUCCAGGCGUAACUCUAAUCUCCGCCAUGUAUCUGAUAGUUCUCCAUCAUCAUCUUUUAGUAAUUCGUCUCAGCAAUCAACCCCCCAACGAUUCAGCGGGAUCGAAUAUAAUAUAUGUACUUCUUGUUCGAAUCCAGGUGAAUUAGAUCACUUGGAUCUUUGCAGAGCGUGUGCCGAUAUAUUAUUUAGCCAUCACCUGGACAUGAACGGAGAUUCGAACGAGACGGGUGAAAUUUACGAUGAGACUUUGGAUUGGGAAAGAAGAAAUAAUCCUAUAGUUAUUGAUGACGACGACAUUGAAAGGUCAAUUACUCCGAUAUUGAUUGAAGACGAUGAUUUUGAUACUGAGCCGAGUCUAGCAAUCAUCGGAGACGAAGUCCACAACACGAGAGAAAGAAGCGACAUUUAUAUAAGUGAUCCUCCGAAUUAUUGGUGGGAAAAUGAAAAUGAAAGUCCGUCCCGAAAUUUCGAUUAUUCUUAUCUUGACGCGUCAGUAGAGGACGUUCUCGCAGAGGAACGUGACCUUACCGCGCUUGUAGAGUGUGCGAUAUGUUGUGAUAAACUACCGAUUCGUGAUUUUGCGUUUCCGACCACUAAAUGUAGUCAUGCUGCCAGCAUUUGUCGUGCAUGUCUGAACGAGUACAUAAUACGUGAAAUAACAGAUAAAGGGAAUAUUAACAUUCGCUGUCCUGAUACGGAAUGUCAAAUGAUUUUUGCCCAAGAGGACAUUAGAGAAAUUGUAGAUGAAGAUGUCUUUUCCAGGUUUGAGGCCUUGUCACUUCGUUUUGCACUCCAACAAGUCCCUGAUUUCCGAUGGUGCAAGAACGGAAAUUGUCCGGCGGGCCAAAUACAUGAAGGAGGACGUUUGCAGUGCGACCAAUGCAAAGCCGAAGAAAAUGAGGCAAACGCCCAAAAGGAGAAGGCCGACAAAGAAAAGGCUGAGAAAGCUUCAGAAGGGUUUCUUCAACAGCAGACGAAGCCUUGCCCCAAAUGUAAAUCGAGAAUUAUUAAAAACGGAGGAUGUGAUCAUAUGACAUGCAGAGCACCAAACUGUAGACACGAGUUCUGUUGGGUGUAA